GCAAUAAACCCUCAAGAAAGUGUCCCCAACUCAGCAGUAAUGACCAUCUAUCGCCGCCCACGCAAUGGCAGAAGUCAUCGGGGUCGCUGAUAGUGUGAAAGGGCUAGUGACAAUCGCAGACGCCAUUGUACGAAAAGGAUUCAAGUUCAUCAAGGAUGUGAAAGACGCCGAGAACUCCGCGGAGAAGCUCGUGGAAGAGGUCAACAACCUGUCUGGUGUGCUUCACAGCCUCAACAAUGUCGUCGAGCGACUCGAGGAAGAUGAUGGAAAUAUUGAUCCGUCGACUUAGAUACACUAUAUUGAGUCAUGUUAUAAGACUUUGAAAAAGAUUCAGGAUCAUUUUGAUGAGGCUAUGCCUGCGACGCCGAUGUCUAGAGGAGACAGGUUGAAAUGGCCGCUGAAGAAGGAGCGUACCAAAGAGCUGUUGCUUGAGAUCGGAAGACAUAAAGCGACGAUGACUUUGGCAAUGAGCGCGAGGCAAUGGACCGCCUUGCUACAUGUUUUGGCGGGACAAGAUGAUAUCCGAGGCGGAAUGGAAGGCAUUAGAUUGAGUCUCGAAGCUGAUCGAGCCGAGAGGCGAAAAAUAGUGAUAAGUGUAGAACGACGAAAGAUGCUGGAUCUAUUAGGGAGAGUCGAUGCCCGAAAAUGGCAAGACUCAAAUAUUCGACUCAGGCAGCCUGGCACUGGUGUCUGGUUCACCGAUGGCGCCGAGUUCAAAACUUGGUUAUCGACGAACGACUCAAAACUUUGGAUCAAUGGGAUUCCUGGCGCUGGGAAAACCAUACUCAUAUCUUCAAUAAUACAGGAGAUCGAGAAAAAUAUUGAGAGUUCUCAUGGGCUUGCGUUUUUCUACUGCGACUACAAAGAUCCCGAAACGCACAGCCCUGCAACUAUAUUGGGAGCGUUAGCAAGGCAGCUUAUCUUACAGAACGAACGCUGCUUUACUCAAUUGACCCAAUUCUACCAGGAUCAUACUACGGACUCUCAUACCCAUCGGGAUCCCACACCCGAGGAACUUUGCGAGCUGAUCAGCACAAUCUCAAUGUACUUUCAAACGACAAUGAUAGUCGUGGACGGCCUGGACGAGAUUACCAACAACCGUGCUGAUGUGACAAGACUCCUCCGAAGUCUCAACACACAGGGCGGGCAGGUCAAGACCUUGUUUGCGAGCCGACCAGAGGUUGAUAUUGGUUAUGAAUUGGAAUACUUCAACCAGGUUUCUAUUGCAGCAAUGAGUACCGACUUGAGGCUUUACGUUGCUUCCGAGAUUGAAAGGAGGACCAGGGAGAAGAAGUUGCGAAUACGAGACCCAAGUUUGAAGGACCACAUAAUGACAACACUUGUUAACGGUGCUGAUGGGAUGUUCCGCUGGGUUGCGUGCCAGAUGGAUUAUCUGUGCGAAUGUAACAAUGACCGAGACCGUCGAGAGGCAUUGAAGAAGUUACCCCCUGACUUGCCGAGCUCCUACGAACGGAUCUUGGAAAGAGUGAAUCGAAGCAGCAGAGAGAACCAAGAGCUAGUCAAGAAGACACUGCACUGGAUCGUUUAUGCCGGGGGAUAUUUUGGAACGGAGAAAUUAAUUCAGGCACUGGCCGUCCGUGACGAGAGACACUUCGAUUCGAAUUCGAUGACGACGGAGGAAGAUAUUCUGCACUGGUGUAGCAGCCUGGUGCGAAGAGGCACUAUAACCGGAAAAUUGGAACUAGCUCAUUUCACCGUAAAGGAGUUCCUAGAAGCCAUCAAUCCCGCACAGAGGCCUCUUUUUCAACAAUAUCGCUUAUGCGAUGACCACACAGUACUAGCAAAAGCGUGUCUCAACUUUAUCCUUUGUCAAGAGUUUGACGGAUUGCCUCUUCCUAGAAACAGGAAUGAUUUUGACCAAUGGAUCGAAGAAUCUUUAGAACUUGGUAACAACUAUCCCUUUUUCGAUUAUGCUUGCGAGUACUGGAGCGGCCAUGUUCACAAGAGCGACUGGGAGAGCAUUGAGAACAACGUUAUGAGAUUGUUCGAUACAAAAAGUGCAUUCGAAUUCUGGAAACUUGUGUGGCUGCAAACACAGUUUUGGGGGAAAGACAAUCAUCCCCCUGUCUCUAAGUAUUUCGAAAAGUCUUCAUCACCAACAGCUCUCCACUGGGCCGCGGUUUUCGCCCUUGACAAAUUGUGCGCUAUUUUUAUUGAGCGUGGAUUAAGUGUUGCCCAGAAAAGCAUCAUUGGGACCCCGCUUUACUGUGCACCCAUCCACGAGGACCGUUUGUGGAUGCAACCAGCAAGACAGUCAGUCAUCCGGCAACUUCUCGACACCGGGUUGGAUCUCGACAUUGGGGUAGAUCCCGAAGGCCAAUUUAAAGCGCUGACCGUUGCCCUUGAAGAUGAAGAAUUCGCUGAAGAUCCAUUCUUAGUUACCAUGCUUCUUGAUUCUGGGGCCAGACUCUCAGCGGAAGAUUUCGUAGUUCUUGAGAAAGCGUGGCAAGACAGUCCUUUUCCCGGAUCUCCGGCUGAGGCCCGCGAUACUACAUGCUGCGGUGUUUCUAUUCCUCGUUUGAUUAAGACAGCUACAGGAGAAACGCUAGGUUUAUUACCGGGUGCCGAGUUUGCGUUUUUCUCAUUUAUGCUACAGGUUGUGGCUGAGGAUUGGCCGCUAGCAUAUUUGCAAGAUUUCUUUGAAAUUAGAUUUUCGAGGGUGUUUCCAUGUUGCAAGGGAUCCGAUUUGGAUAAGAUAAUUCGGGACGAGUCACGAGACCCGCAGGGAAGGUUGGUGGACGUCCUUUCUAGAGCUGUUCGACAUAGCGCCCCUACCAUCGAAGAAGCAAUCUCGAGUCUGCAGAGCUCGGUCGCCGGAGCUGUUCGCGUUCUCAGCCAUUCAACCGUGUCGUUUCUUCUCCAUUUCAACGACGACCUCGAUGCUUCUCAUCGGUGUUCCUGGGUGACCGGAGUAGAUGAUUCUGGUGAAACGUACCUUCAUUAUGUUUCUCGUCAGCACUUCCCCGAAGAUGAAUCAGAGGAAGUCAUUCGGGUGUUACUAUUUCAUGGAGCAAGUGUGGUUCUUCCUGACAAAGAAGGUAUCACGCCUAUUGAGCUGGCAGCCAGAGGAUUCGAUCCUCAGACUUUCCAACUAUUCUGGGACGCGUUAGUCAAGACAUUAGCUUUUGAAACCUCGCCCAAGCUUAUCGAAAGGGUUAUCUGCACCGCAAUCAGAUCGAACAAUGAAGCUGUCUUGAGAUUUUUGACAGAGAAGCUCUAUAAAGGCAAAUUUUUGCCUGAGAAUUACCUGCUAGAAUUUGCAGUUAGUCAGGAAUCCCCAAAGCUUUUGGAAUUUGUUCUCGCCGAGCAAAGAUAUGAAUGGGAUCGCGGCUCGACCAAUGGCAGAGUGUUCGAGGAGAACACCGAAGAGGAGGGUGGAGACGAUGACGACGGGGAAUUUGUUACGGACAGUGAAGACCAGCUUCUGACCCUUUCCAUUGGCACAAAGGAUGAUGACUGCAUAUCUCGAGAACUCCAAGCUCUUUACUUCGCGGCAAAACCUGAAGGGUUGCUUUCAAACUUCGUCUAUCUGAUCAAGCGAGGAAUGCAAGUCUCAUAUCAAUACCAUAACGGAAACACGAUACUUCACAUCCUCGCUACCAACCACGACGAAGAUUCCUUGACGAAGCUGAACUUCUUACUCAAAGCAGGUCCCAAACUCGACAUUCACAACGACAACCAACUCACGCCACUUGCUCUGACAAUUCGAAGUCGGAACAUACGAGGUAUGGAGAUGCUCUUAGAUGCUCGGGCAGAUCUCAACGUCUUACUCGCGGAUAAUCAAACAAUUCUACACAUGGCAUGCUAUCUUGGCAACAAGCCCGCUGUUGAGGCUUUGCUCAGAUGUGGGUGUCAGGCUUCGCACAGAAAUAACCAAGGACAAACUCCAAAGGACGCUGCUCUGGCAUGUGGAUAUCAAGACAUUGCAGUGGCCAUUCAAAACACCACCGAUUGUCAACUCUCUUUCAGAGAGAAUCACCAAGGUGCUUCAAGUAUAGAGCAACUUCCGAGAACCGCUCUUUCCAACUUUGCCCAAACCGAAGAGCACGGCGACUUGCCCCUUCGAGUGGUUUCAGACGCCGACGCCAUCAAUGGAAGCCACGAUUCAACAGCCAUGGAUAUCGAUACUAUGGCAAUAACCUCCAGCCCCAGCACAUCUUCUACCGAGCAUAUAACGACGAACCCGACCAAUAUGUCAGAAACCUUCACGAAUAACCCACUCAAGCGACAAAACUCCAGCGAUGAAGAAUCUCGAGUCCAAAUAUCGACAAAAAGAACGAGACCGAGGUGAUUUCUCCCUAACACUUCCAAUAUGUCAGUGUACCUCAGUCUCGGUACAGCGCCUCACCACUACUUCUCAAGGACACGAUCGUUCAUCCCAUUU